UUGUCCGUGUGUUUUCUCGGAACGGGCGCGGGUCGGACCUCGCUCGAACGCGGAAACUCCGCCACCGCCUUGCGCAUGGGCAGCUCCACGUUCCUGUUCGAUGCCGGGGAAGGCGUGCAAACGCAAAUGAUGCGUUCCAAACUCAAGUUCCGAGACGUGCGCAAAAUAUUCAUCACCCAUUUACACGGAGAUCACAUUUUUGGAUUGCUCGGAUUGCUCCUGUCGAUGCAAGAGUCGGGGCGGAAAAAGUAUGCUCUACAGAUAUACGGACCCGUUGGUCUCUACAACUUUAUCGCUAUGGGACUCUCACUCAGUAUGACGGAGAUAAAACGCAUAUCCGUGGAAGCGGAGGAAAUCAAAACACCGGAAGACGCCCUCAGAUUUAGUAGUCGGCCCAAGGGAAUCAGGAUCAAGGCUGCCGAGUUACAUCACAUUCCUAAACUACAGUGCUUUGGCUACGUUGUCGAAGAGCCACAGACCCAACCGAUCAAUGUUGACGUCGAAAAAGCCAUGGAACUUGGCCUGCAACCUGGAAAGAAAUACAAGCUUCUCAAGGGAGGGUUCCCAGUAAUGAGCGAUGAUGGUUUGAGAGAGAUAAGACCAGAGGAUGUCUCCGUGGGAGAGCCGGGGAAACCCCGCAAGUUUGCACUGCUCGGUGACUGCUGUAACGUUCCACGCCCCAUGGCGGAGCUUUGCAGAAAUGCCGAUGUACUGAUCCACGAAGCAACCUUCUUGGAAAGCGACUCGGGUGAGCGAGUGGACUUUGGUGGACACUCUACGUCCGCCAUGGCUGGGCGGUUUGCUGACUACGUGGACGCCAAAGUUUUGCUACUGAACCAUAUUAGUCCAGCCUAC